AUGCAGGUGGGCGAGGUAUGUGGGGCUGUUGCCGACGCCACCAGGAAGCAGAGUGGCAGCUGUUUGCUCGGAGGGGCCUCCUGCCUCGGAUCUGCUCCUCUUCAGGCAGAGGAGCUGGGGCAGCUGCAGAACACUGAGCUGGCGGCAUCGGUAGAAAAGGAACGCCUGCGGCUGGCGCGGCUGCACAGUCGCCACUUUCGGCAGCCGGGGCCGGGCAGCUCGGGCAGAGAGCCCGUCGUUAGCCUGGAGGCAUUUGUGUGGGCGCACUGCCUCGUGCGCAGCCGAGCACUUGACCUCACAGCGGAUCAGGGGGUCUUUCAUGAGCGGUGCAUGCUGCCGCUGAUCGACAUGUGCAACCACGACAGCAAUGACACCACGUGCAGCCUCCGUGUGCGCCUGUCGCCCUCUGGAGAGCCCAGAUCAGUGGAUCUUGUGGCGGCAAGGGACGUAAUCGUGGGUGAGAACCUGACACUCAACUACGGGGGGCGCCCCAUGCGGGAUCUGCUACGGGGCUACGGGUUCACACCCGCAUGCGCCGCCAUGACGGACCCCUCAGAAGUGUAUGAGAACCUGGGAGACGGCUGCCAGGCGCUCAUCGUGCAGGGCUCCGGGAAGGGGCGCAUGUUCAGGUUGGCAGAGGUUCGCAUCCUGCCAGAGAGGGGUGCAUAUCCCCUCUUGGAGCUCACAAACGCGGCCACGCUGUGCUAUGAGGGGUGGAGGCAACGCCGCCAUACAGAGAUGGCACUGCAGUACCGGCUGCAGAGGAAGCUGCUGCUCGCACGCGUGGCGGAUGACCUGGCGGCGCAGGCUGCCCUGCUGGGAUAG